AUACAGGAGGCGGGGUCCAGGGUGAGGGCGGACACGGCCCACGGUGGCGAAGGCGGCUUUAGUAGCAGCAUGAAGCGCGUCCAGACCGCGGAGGAACGAGAGCGGGAAGCUAAGAAACUGCGGCUCCUCGAAGAGCUUGAAGACACUUGGCUUCCUUACCUGACUCCCAAAGAUGAUGAGUUCUAUCAGCAGUGGCAGCUGAAGUAUCCUAAACUGGUUUUCCGAGAGGCUGGCAGCAUCCCUGAGGAGCUGCACAAAGAGGUCCCCGAGGCCUUCCUCACGCUGCACAAGCAUGGCUGCUUGUUUCGGGACCUGGUGAGGAUCCAGGGCAAAGAUGUGCUCACCCCGGUGUCUCGCAUCCUCAUCGGGGACCCGGGCUGCACCUACAAGUACCUGAACACCAGGCUCUUCACGGUGCCCUGGCCGGUGAAGGACUGCACCAUCAAUUACACAGAGGCUGAGAUCGCCGCCGCAUGUCAGACCUUCCUCAAGCUCAAUGACUACCUACAGGUUGAGACCAUCCAGGCCUUGGAAGAACUGGCAGUCAGAGAGAAGGCCAAUGAAGAUGCUGUGCCCCUGUGCAUGGCCGAGUUCCCCAGGGCUGGUGUGGGGCCGUCCUGCGACGACGAAGUGGACAUUAAGAGCAGAGCAGCCUACAACGUGACUUUGCUGAACUUCAUGGACCCUCAGAAGAUGCCAUACUUAAAAGAGGAGCCCUAUUUCGGCAUGGGGAAGAUGGCGGUGAGCUGGCAUCACGAUGAGAACCUGGUAGACAGGUCGGCCGUGGCGGUGUACAGCUAUAGCUGUGAAGGUUCCGAUGAUGAAAGCGAGGACGAGUCCAGCUUCGAAGGCAGAGAUCCUGACACUUGGCAUGUUGGUUUUAAGAUCUCGUGGGACAUCGAGACGCCGGGCUUGACAAUUCCUCUUCACCAGGGAGACUGCUAUUUCAUGUUGGAUGACCUCAAUGCCACCCACCAGCACUGUGUCUUGGCUGGCUCACAGCCUCGGUUUAGCUCUACCCACCGCGUGGCAGAGUGCUCAACAGGCACCUUGGAUUAUAUCUUACAACGCUGCCAGUUGGCACUGCAGAAUGUUCUCAACGACUCGGACAAUGGCGACGUCUCACUGAAGUCCUUUGAACCUGCAGUUUUGAAACAAGGAGAAGAAAUCCAUAAUGAGGUGGAGUUUGAGUGGCUGAGGCAGUUCUGGUUUCAAGGAAAUCGAUACAAACUUUGCACUGACUGGUGGUGCGAGCCCAUGGCUCAGCUGGAGGGGCUGUGGAAGAAGAUGGAGAGUGUGACAAAUGCGGUGCUUCAUGAAGUUAAAAGAGAGGGGCUCCCAGUGGAACAAAGAAGCGAAAUUCUGUCUGCCAUCCUGGUCCCACUCACCGUGCGCCAGAAUCUGAGGAAGGAAUGGCAUGCCAGAUGCCAGUCCCGAGUCGUCCGGAAUUUACCAGCACAGCAGAAGCCAGAGUGCCGGCCAUAUUGGGAGAAGGAUGACCCUUCCAUGCCUCUGCCCUUUGACCUCACAGACGUGGUUUCCGAGCUCAGGGGCCAACUUCUGGAAGCAAGAUCCUAGAGGAAGCACAAGUCUUAGGUGGAGAAGGAAAAGAUAUCUUUGGCUUUCCUCCCCAAACCUUGGACAAGAGUAGUUGUAGACUCCUCUCAACCCAGAGGUUAUAGGACCUAGGUUCCAAUUCAAAACAGCUAGAGAACACAGCCCACAGAUACUGAAAUGUUGAAAAGUUACUGUGUUUUAGUCUGAUUUGGUGUUAAAUUAGAGCACCCUUCCCUCCCACCAAAUAUUCUUCACUCAUUUUUCCCUCCUUGGGAGCCCCUUUGUCCCCGAGACAGCAACGGGGAUGAGCUAAGCCCGAGACAAGCCUUGCCUGCUUUCCUCCUUGGCUAGCCACCUCAGAGACUGGAAGGAGACCUAGCCAUGGGAUGACAGAACCAGAGACAUCCAUCCACGCUUCUCACCGUGGCCUCUAGUGGUUAGACCAUCCAAGAUGGCAGCCGGUGGCUCACCCUGGCUGCACAGACAUAGAUUCAGCUCAAUUGUAGUUAGAACUCCAUUCUUCAGUUGCCCUGGCCGCGUGCUGGUGACUGCGGAUUUCGUGAUUCAUAUGCAUGAGCCGCCAUUCAUCCAGUUUUCUGUAGUGGCUAAAACAUGGAGGAAAGCAAUGAAAAACAGUCACCACAGUCACCUCUUCCCUCCUCUGAGAGGGAAGGGGCCGUGAGCCCUGUACACUGCACACCGGAAGAGGAGGAAGCUACAAAGGAAACGGCCACAUCCUGUCUUUAUGGGGCUUCCCUGAUCCAAUGACAGAGGCCAGUCCUGUAGACACUAUUCUGUGGAGCUAAUGUUUCUCCUAGAAUCCCCCACUCAUAGGUACUGACAGGUAGCAUGGGGACUUGAAGGACCCAACCCAGUGAUGCCAGAGCAUCAGAGAGACCAUGGAGAGAUGUUAAGCCUGCACUCUGAUUUCAAAGUGCUAGGAUUAAGACCCAUCCCACCACUCGCUCUGUGACCUUUGCAUGUCCUUGGGUCUCAGUUUUCUCAUCUGUACCGUGGGAGGUGCCAAACAAAUGCCAAUUCCUAACAUGAAGAUGACAUGAUAAGACCUAGCUACCGACCUAGAGUAAUUUCCAGCAUACUGCUUAAUAUCCAAUACGUACCAGUGUCGCUAUGUGAGCUGACCCGGAAGAAGACAUCUUCCUCCCCAUAAUCUGCAGCCUUUUGCUGUCUGUGUCUCGUGGCCUGUGUCUUUCUCUGGUGACCUGAGACCUUUUGGUGGCUGAAAUGUUGACAACAGUUAGCCCAUGAUUCUCAUGUAUUAUUGGCCGAGACCUUCUCCAUUUGGAAUGACACAACAUAGUGGUGUUUUUUUGCUGCAGCUACGAUUCCAUUUAAGGUACCUUCCUGCCUAGUUAGCCACAGAAGCUGUACUCCACAAGCAGCUAGGAUUUCCUGGUACAGGAACCCAAGUCUCUCAGACUCUGAUCUCCUCCCCUUUGUCUCUGAGCCAGGACUUCAUCAGUAGAGAGGUGAGGUACGUUCUCACAGGGUAAAAAUGGAAUGAAUGAUCUAAGUAAGGGUAUAGGUGGCUUCAGAUGUCACAGGCUGGCCCAUCACCCCCAUCCCCAGCCAUCUGGCUCUGUGGUUUAUUAGGCCCCGUGAUAUGUCUUUGUUCUGUUUCAUUGGGUGUCAAAAUUAAAAAUUAGGAGAUUCCACAUAAAGUAAAAAUGUCUGCAUUCUCUUUAGAAGCCAGGAUACCUGUGAGCCCCUGGGUCUCCAUAAUCGCAUGGCGGUGGCUUGGCAGUGUCUGUGACCUCUGUGCUCUGCUAUGACCCCGCUACUCCCUGUCACCAUUUUGUAAACCUGCUCCCCAGCAGUGCUGUCUAAACUUGCUUGCUCACAUCCUGUAGUAGAAAGCAGUAGCAUCGAGUGCUCAGUCUGUGUCCCUCCCACUGAACUGUGUUGUUCAUGGUCUGCUUGUGCUGCCGUGCUGUGUGCAUCUGUUCGUACAAUAAAGAAAUAAAAGAUGAGAAACCCAA